CGAAGCUAAUAGUCACAUCGAAAGUCUCGUCGUAAAGUAUCAGGCAGAAAAGUUUAAUUUCUCGAUAUAAUUAGAGUAAUAUUCCGAGAUGUCGAUGUUAUCUGCACGUUUGGCUGCUUCCGUAGCCCGUAACCUUCCAAGAUCAGCACAACAGGUUGCUCGUGUUGUACUACCAGCCACACAGAUUGCUGCACGUAAAAUUCAUGUUUCAGCACCAAAAAAAGGAGCUGAAAUCAGCUCAAUCCUCGAAGAACGUAUUAUGGGAGCUGCACCAAAAGCCGAUUUGGAAGAAACUGGACGUGUCUUGAGCAUCGGUGACGGUAUUGCUCGUGUCUAUGGAUUAAAGAACAUCCAAGCUGAUGAGAUGGUGGAAUUUUCAUCUGGAUUAAAGGGUAUGGCUCUUAAUUUGGAACCUGACAAUGUUGGUGUUGUAGUCUUCGGUAAUGACAAGCUUAUUCGUGAAGGAGAUAUCGUCAAGCGUACAGGAGCUAUCGUUGAUGUUCCAGUCGGUGAUGAACUUUUGGGACGUGUUGUUGAUGCCUUAGGUAAUGCAAUUGAUGGACUUGGUGAAAUUAAAACAAAGGGACGUCUUCGUGUUGGAAUCAAAGCUCCAGGUAUCAUUCCAAGAGUUUCUGUACGCGAGCCUAUGCAAACAGGUAUUAAAGCCGUCGAUUCAUUGGUCCCAAUUGGUCGUGGUCAACGUGAAUUGAUCAUUGGAGACAGACAGACUGGAAAAACUGCUUUGGCUAUUGAUACAAUCAUCAACCAAAAGCGUUUCAAUGAUGGACAAGAUGAGUCAAAGAAAUUGUACUGUAUUUACGUCGCUAUCGGUCAGAAGCGUUCAACAGUCGCACAGAUUGUAAAGCGUUUGACUGAUUCCGGUGCUAUGGGUUAUACCAUUAUUGUCUCAGCUACAGCUUCAGACGCUGCACCAUUGCAAUACUUGGCACCAUACUCUGGUUGCGCUAUGGGUGAAUAUUUCCGUGACAAUGGAAAGCACGCACUUAUCAUCUAUGAUGACUUGUCAAAACAAGCUGUCGCUUACCGUCAAAUGUCAUUGUUGUUGCGUCGUCCACCAGGUCGUGAAGCCUAUCCCGGUGAUGUUUUCUACUUGCACAGUCGUUUGUUGGAACGUGCAGCCAAAAUGUCACCUGCUCAUGGUGGUGGCUCUUUAACUGCCUUACCAGUCAUCGAAACACAAGCUGGUGAUGUAUCAGCUUACAUUCCAACCAAUGUCAUUUCAAUUACUGAUGGACAAAUUUUCUUGGAAACUGAAUUGUUCUACAAAGGUAUUCGUCCAGCUAUUAACGUCGGUUUGUCUGUAUCACGUGUCGGAUCAGCUGCUCAAACAAGAGCCAUGAAACAGGUCGCUGGUUCAAUGAAAUUGGAACUUGCCCAAUAUCGUGAAGUCGCUGCCUUCGCCCAAUUCGGUUCAGAUCUUGAUGCUGCCACCCAACAACUCUUGAAUCGUGGUGUUCGUUUAACUGAAUUGUUGAAACAAGGCCAAUACGUUCCAAUGGCUAUCGAGGAACAAGUUGCAGUCAUCUACUGCGGUGUCCGUGGACAUUUAGAUAAGAUGGAACCAUCUAAGAUCACAGCAUUCGAAAAGGAAUUCUUGGCUCACAUUAAGACAAACGAGAAGGCAUUAUUAGCCACAAUUGCAUCAGAAGGAAAGAUCAAUGAAGAAGUUGAUGCUAAGCUUAAACAAAUUGUCCUUACCUUCCUCUCGACAUUCACCGGUUAAAUUUUUUCGUGCAUAGUGCGCAUACCUUAAAAAAUUAUCUAAAUUUUUUCUUGUUUUUGUCAUAAAAUAGUUGAUUAAGAAAAUAAUUGAAUGAGCAGCCCGAAAAAUUGAAUGAAACACUCUAAGAUUCAAUAACAAUAAUUAAAAUCUUUCAAAAUGUAAGCGGUAAAUAACGGAUUUAUUAAUGCCAAGCCCAGCAACACCCUAAUUUCCAUCAAAAUCCUUAAUAAAUGAAAAACAACAAAAACACUUAUUUUAAAUCUUAAACUUAAAAAAAAAAUUGUAUUGAAAACACGAAAGGGAAGAAUAAUGAGCAUAAGAAUAUUAUAGAAAGUAACACGACAUACAUAUUGUAUCAUGAAAAUUCUCAAUGUAGGGAUUUCAGAGAGCGAAAAACGAUAAAAUCUUUGCGAUUUGCAUCUUG